AUGGAUAUCCGAGGUGCUGUAGAUGCUGCUGUCCCAACAAACAUCAUUGCUGCAAAAGCUGCUGAAGUUCGGGCAAACAAAGUAAACUGGCAGUCCUACCUCCAAGGGCAGAUGAUUUCAGCUGAAGACUGUGAAUUUAUUCAAAGAUUUGAACAGAAAAGAAAUCCAGAAGAAAAACAGGAGUUGUUACAAACAGAAGGCAAUCAAUGUGCUAAAACAUUUAUAAACUUGAUGACUCAUAUCUCCAAGGAACAGACGGUUCAGUACAUUCUGACUAUGGUUGAUGAUAUGCUGCAAGAAAAUCAUCAGCGUGUUUCUAUCUUCUUUGAUUAUGCAAAACGUGGUAAAAACACUGCAUGGUCUUAUUUUCUGCCGAUGUUGAAUCGACAAGAUCUUUUCACUGUGCAUAUGGCAGCAAGAAUUAUUGCCAAACUGGCUGCAUGGGGGAAGGAACUUAUGGAAGGCAGUGACUUGAAUUAUUAUUUCAACUGGAUAAAAACUCAGCUCAGUUCACAGAAAAUACGUGGUACGGGGGGUUCUGUGGAAACAGGAGCAGUCUCCACAAGUGAUAGUUCCCAGUAUGUACAGUGUGUUGCUGGAUGUCUGCAGCUGAUGCUCAGGGUCAAUGAAUAUCGCUUUGCGUGGGUAGAAGCAGAUGGAGUAAAUUGUAUCAUGGGGGUCUUGAGCAACAAAUGUGGCUUUCAGCUCCAGUAUCAGAUGAUUUUCUGUGUGUGGCUGCUGGCCUUUAGCCCUCAAAUGUGUGAAUAUCUCCGUCGGUAUAAUAUUGUUCCAGUGCUGUCGGAUAUUCUUCAGGAAUCUGUCAAAGAGAAAGUAACUAGAAUCAUCCUUGCAGCAUUUCGGAAUUUAUUAGAGAAAUCUACUGAGAGAGAAACUCGUCAAGAAUAUGCUCUUGCCAUGAUUCAGUGUAAAGUUUUAAAGCAGCUAGAGAAUUUGGAUCAGCAGAAGUAUGAUGAUGAAGACAUCAGUGAAGAUAUCAAAUUUCUGCUGGACAAGCUUGGUGAGAGCGUGCAGGACCUGAGCUCCUUCGAUGAGUACAGUUCUGAGCUCAAGUCAGGAAGACUGGAGUGGAGUCCUGUACACAAGUCUGAGAAGUUUUGGCGGGAGAAUGCUGUAAGACUAAAUGAGAAGAAUUACGAACUACUCAAAAUCCUGACGAAACUUCUGGAGGUUUCUGAUGACCCACAAGUGCUGGCUGUAGCUGCUCAUGAUGUGGGAGAAUAUGUACGACACUAUCCCCGUGGGAAAAGAGUGAUUGAACAACUUGGUGGUAAACAGCUGGUAAUGAACCACAUGCAUCAUGAAGACCAACAAGUUCGUUAUAAUGCACUACUGGCUGUGCAGAAGCUGAUGGUUCACAACUGGGAAUACCUUGGAAAGCAGUUGCAGUCAGAACAACCUCAAACGGCCACUGCACGGAGCUAA